AUGCCCGAAUUAACCAUCUCCUCCCCCCUGCCCCUCAAAUCCGGCCACUCGAUACCCGUGCUAGGCUUCGGCACCUGCAUGAGCGCGACAUGCACGCAGUCCGCUUUAGCAGCACUAACCCACUCGUACCGACACCUGGACACGGCGCAGAUCUACCAGAACGAGGCCGAGACCGGGGCCGCGAUCGCGCAGAGCGGUGUCCACAACCGCGCGGAGCUCUUCGUCUGCUCAAAGCUGUGGGAGGACAUGUACUCGCGCGCCGGGGCCGUCGCGGGCGUGGAGGCCUCGCUGGAGAAACUCGGUUUGGAGACGAUUGAUCUGUAUCUACUGCAUACGCCGCGUCCGGGUCCCAGGGCGAGGAAGGAGGCGUGGUUGGGUCUGCAGGAUUGUGUGGAGAGGGGGUUGGUGAAAAGUAUCGGCGUGAGUAAUUGGGCUCCCAAACAUAUUGAGCAGCUCAUGGCCGAGGAGGGCGUGUAUAUCGAGCCCGUGUGUAACCAGAUCGAGCUCCAUCCGUGGAAUCAGCAGAGGCAGCUGGUGAGGUACUGCCAGGCCAAGGGGAUUGUGGUGGUGGCGUACUCGCCGCUCACGCAGGGCCGAAGACUCAAUGACCCGACUAUCGUGAGCCUCGCGAACAAGUAUGGCAGGACACCCGCGCAGAUUGUCCUCAGGUGGGGGCUCCAAAAGGGAUUCGUGGUCAUUCCCAAGAGUGAUCGCGAAGAGCGCAUCGUCGAGAACAAGGGCGUUUUCGGCUGGGAGAUCUCAGAGGACGAUAUGGAGGUAAUUGACGCGCUGGAUGAAGGGCAAAAGGCGAAUCUAGGAGAGUGGGAUCCUUACGCCUGGGACUGA